AUGUGGCGUUCCAAGAUAAGGCAAGCACUUACUAAUUCGAGUCCAGAAGCAGGAAAUGUGAUACAUCCAUUUCCUUUCAGGCAAACAACACAGUUCCGUGGCAGCACAAAAGCUUUGCUUCUAGUGCAAAAAUCUCAAAAUUCAGAAAACUAUUGCUCCUCUGUGGACGUACCAUUCUGUACUUGAUAUUUGGAUGUUAUGGAUAGGAACAGUACUUUUCCUCCAAUCACAUGGCCACCAAGGUUUUGGGAGCAGAUAACAAUAGCCUUCACAGUGUCCAUGGUGAUUGGACUGGUGGUUGGAGGUAUCAUCUGGGCAUUUUUCACCCUCUUGUCCCGUCGCAGAGCUAGUGCCCACAUCUCCCAGGGGAGCCCCUCAUCCUUCAGCCGUCGGUCCAGACCCUCCUCCCACGGCCACGCUGCCAGCAGAACUGGAUUUUACCGCAACAGCAGCUGUGAACGUCGGAGCAACCUCAGCCUGGCCAGCCUCACCUUCCAGCGGCAAGCCUCCUUGGAGCAGGCCAACUCCUUCCCCAGGAAGUCCAGCUUCCGUGCAUCCACCUUCCACCCUUUUCUGCAGUGUCCUCCCCUGCCCGUGGAGACGAACAGUCAGCUGAUCACCCUCACUCCCACGAACACCACCGCAACCCUUGUGGCAAGCACCACCAACAGCUUGAGUCGACCUGAAUUCCACUGGUCUAACAACAACCUCCGCAUCUGCCACUCCACGCAAACCCCACCUCCCGCCUAUGAAACCAUCAUAAAAGCUUUCCCAGAAUCCUGAGCUUCGUCCUCGCUGCAAACACACAUGUGCAUCUUAGGAGGAACCUCAAUUAUCUCAACAAUUUUCUGUGCAUGAUGAAGAUCUCUGAGAAGUCCCUAUCUGCAGCUGCAGAGGGGACAUACUUUGCCAAGAGGCAUGUAGAAGUGAUUUCAUGGAGCCCAAAAUCCCACUGUCUGAGAGAUCACUUGUCCUUGCAAUGCUGGCUUUUAUUUACUGCUCUGCUGUAUGCUUGCAUAUUUAUAGUGUUGUAUCUUUAAUUGCAGCUAUUGUCUCUUUAUUUCAGAGGGAAAAAUGCUGCCACAUAGAAACUAAAUCAUUUCUUGAAGAAACAGAUAAUACUAGAGAUUACUGAUAUACACAGCACAUCAAUGCAAAUGUCACUGUUCUUUUUUUUUUUUUAAGAAGUUUUGAUUUCACAUGUUUUUGUUACAUUUUCAGAGACCAUCUCCUGUUACCCACCUUCUUGCUAUAACCCCAGAAGAGCUUCAGUCUGAGGAACCUUAGAUACAGACCUCAUAGAGGAUGCAGUCCUGGCUGCUGUAGACAUCCUGUUCUGUUGAUUGCAAAGAUCUGCUCUGAAAAGACUCCAUGUUAGGGAUGCUUGUUUCAAAUUCCCCACAGUCUAACAAAAAAAAUUGUGGGGUAUAUAUAGCUUCAUGGACAAAGUUUUGAACUACAUACUAAAUGUAUGAUAACAAUUAUAAAGACUUUUCUGUCAGCAGCCAGCAGGACAGGUAGUCCUGUUUUAAUACCCAGUGAGGCUGUAUGGGCAGAGCUCCUCAUGUUUCAUUUUUCUAGCUCUGGCUAUCCAGAUAAGCAGUAUGAAUGACAACUAUUUUUUAAUUAAGUUUCCUGAUUUCCUAUGGGAUUAGUCAUUUCCUUUUUUCAAAUGGUUUUUCUCAAAUUGUACCAACGUUUAAUUCUUUCUUUUAUUCACUGAAAUCUUGUCUUUCACUAAAAGAAGAUUUCAGACAUCUGUGGCUGAAUACAGGGAUUGUAUAAUGAAUUGGGAUAUGAAGAUAAAGAUGAAGUAUUUAGUUGAGGCUUACAUGAAUUCUUGACUUUUAUAUGUGUGUCAUGCCAAGCUAACCCCUGGCUUAGUGAAAACUAAUUGCAGUGAUAUGACAAAUGUUCAGGAUUUGGAAAUAACAGAGACAAAUUAAGUCUUAUUGUAUCAGUUUCCUGUUGAAUUUUUCAUGUUCAAAUUAAGGGUAAAGAAUUUCCACAAGCAGAGGAGCUGUCCACACUCCACACUGCAAAUAUGCCUGUUGUUUCUAAAUGGCUUGGGCAAUACCAGCCUCAGGACGCCUGAUUCUGAGGGGGCCUCUGUAGGGACAAGUUCUUGUCUCUCUUCUGGGAGAGACAAAGAUUCAGCAGCUUUUGAGAAUGGAGAAAAUCCUUAACAUCUCCCACAUUUUCCAGUCUUUUGGAGACUGGCAGCAUGCAUCCCUCUGCUGAGGUCAACAUCCCUUGGGAAACACUGACAUUGAGCUCUGAUCUGCAGUAUUCCAGCCCAAGAUCCACCCAUUCUCAAAUAAUGCUAAAACCACUGAGCUUGCAAGCAAUACUUACUGUUAAACAACAAGUAUUCCUUAUUGUAAAGGCAAAUUAUUUUUGCAUACUAUUUACUGACUGGAUUUCAUUGUUUUAUUUUUAGUGAACAGCACAUCUGGAGAGAUGUAUGUCUUUGCUAGAAGAACAACCAUUUACAGAGUUUACAGAGCAUUUCACUGUGGACACUAUGGGUUCUAGCACACCCAGAACUUCCUGAUAAGAUUGUAACAGUGCAUCUGGCUGAUCACAGGCUACAGACUUAAAAUAGCAAUCCUCUGAAGAAAGAAAGAAAAAAAGAAAGAAAGAAAGAAAGAAAGAAAGAAAGAAAGAAAGAAAGAAAGAAAGAAAGAAAGAAAGAAAGAAAGAAAGAAAAUUAUGCUUUUUCAUUCAUUAAUAAUUUUUUUUUACAUUUAGAGAUUUUCUGAGUCUGGUGAAUUUCAUUGCAUGCAAAAAUAUGUUCAAAGUGUCCUUCCUAUAGAAUAGGCUAUGCAGCCUAUUCUAAACUGCCUACAAAAAGUAGAAUUCAAGCCUGCUCCCUUUGUUUAGUGGGUUUGGUGGACUGUGGAAGAGACAACUUACCAGCUGCGCACCCAGUGUGCACCCAGCUGGCCAAAACUGCUUCUUCCUUGAGAGUGAAAUCAUUUUAGAUGAGUAAAUUUUUACUUCUGGAUUGUAAGUGCACGUUACAUUACAGUAUAACUUUCCACAGCGCAAUUAUUACACAAUUAUUACUUGUAUUACACUGUAUUUAGUAAACAUUGUAAAGAGGGAAGCUUAAAUGCACUGUAUUUUUUUUUCCUCCUGAAAUCUGCACUGGAUAUCAAAACAUUUCUUAUGUGCCCUGGAUUAGGGAUACUAAAAAAACACUUUUGGUGCAUAGCCAAUAUGACUGUCAGAAGCCUAAAACUUGUUUUCACAUCUGAAAGAAAUGUUUUGCAAGCAUUCAGGAAGCUUUGGAGUGUGAAAUAAAGUUAGAUGCUAUAAUCUCAAGCUCAUGUUUUUUCUUAAUGAUGAAUACGGUGAUUUGCAUAAAAGAUCCUUUACAGGGAAGAGUAUUAUCUUUAAUGAUGCAAGCUGAUACAGUCAGAGAUGUGAAUGAGGACUACCUCCUUCCUUUGCUUCUGUGGGGAAACACCCCAAAACUGAAGAUGUUAUUUGAAGUCAGGGUCAGAAUUUGCCCUAUGAGAACAGCUUUGAAGAAUUACAAGUGAGAAGGUCUCUCACAAAUAACAAUGCUUACAGGUUUUAAAUCCACUGCUUCUUAAGUACUUCAGCUUCAAUUCACAUUGUGUUUGAGCAAAUGCUUGCUUUAAGCAAAAGGGCAAUCACUAUAAGGUUCAUGCUUAAAUGGACUCAUGCACAUUUUAUUGCAUUAGGACCAAAGCACACUGCACAGGACCAACCCCAGAAUAACACUGGGAUUCAGGAAUCAUUGUGUGUUUGAUAUGCAAAAAAUAUAUUUGCUCGAUGAAAUCAUCUUUUAUUUCAAUUUAAAAUACUAGAAAGAAGAGAUGAAUUAAAACAGUGUGUUACUGCAGAUUUCAAGAUUUCAGAGAAUUCACAAGCAUAAAUUGAACUUGACAAUUAUUUUGCAUGCAAUACAAUUAAAAUGGUGCUACCAGAAUCACAUAGGGACUGAUAGGCAGAACUUUGAUCAACAUCCAGCUAUCCUGACACCUUGUUCUGAGUAAGCAGAACUACUUCUCCUCUUCAUGAGGAGAAACACUCUCCUGUUAUUGUCCAUGACCACAAAAAGUCACUCCAGUUUUGGGUUCAUACAGAAGGCCGAACUUGACAGCUCUUUGUCAGAGAAUAUUUAUGUUCCAUCUUAUUUACAAAAGUAGCCCAUGCUCUAUUCCUUGAUCUUUCUUCACUGAAGAGCUGCUGAUCACCUCUUCAGACAGCCACGGAUGACCAUACUGCAACACACUGAACAUGCAGUAUUUUUGCCAAAUCACAUUUUAAAGUUCACUUGUAAUUUAUCAUGAAUUUUUUGAAUCAUCUCAAAAUCCUUUUUUAAGUAUAAACUGUAAACUAUGCUCACUGGAAAUGUCCUCUCAGAGGUGAAAUGACACAUGCCAGAUCCCUGACCUAUAAGCAUUUGAUAAAAUUAGGUGAUGUCUAUGAUGCAGUACAGCUUCUGGAACAAAAAAAAAAGAGAAAGAAAAUACUAAUUGGAAAUUUACUUCUGCCAAGCCCAGAGCAGACUAAAGAAAAAGGCAUUGAUAUAACGUCAAAAUACUGAGAACAGUAUUUUAGAAACCACACUUACAAAGUCUUAAAACUCAAGAAAAAUGCCUGUACCUUUUUGUAUUCAUUUGGGUCUCUUAAUAAAAGUGAGUUUUUAAAGGGA